CUCUGUAUUUAGCAACGUCCUACAGGUUGUCAAAAAUCAAGCUAGAAUCGUCACGGACUCUAUUUUUCCAGCUAGUAACUGAAAAUUCCAUUUUCAAAUAUCAAUUAUUACAAAUUCCAUAAUGUGGCCUGCACUGCGCCAUCCCAUUCGUAAAGUCUCCGGACCACUAGCUCGUCAAGGACAUGGCUAUGGAGGCGGUUGUCCUGGAAAUAAUUUGCCUUUUGGCUUGGACAGUCCCAUUCGCUUUACAUUGUUCUACACAAUUGCGGGAGUCUUGGGCUUUGGAGCUCCCUUUUUAGUGGUUCGCCACCAGAUGCUGCGCAAUGUGACCGAUGAUGAGCCCAAACCACAGGAAUGAUCUUAUAAUAAUUCAAAUCAUAAGAAACUUAAAUAAAAUGUUAAAUGGAGGGCAUUGCACAUAAAA